CCUUCACUGCUGCCAGCUUCUUGCUGUAGCUCUACAUUCCUGUGCACUGAGGGGUUGACGUGAGGCUGAAAAGAUGACUAAACUUGAGGAGCACCUGGAGGGAAUCGUCAAUAUCUUCCACCAAUACUCAGUUCGGACGGGGAAUCCUGACACCCUCUCUAAGGGUGAACUGAAGAAGAUGAUGGCAAAGGAGCUUGUAAACCUCAUCGAGAAUGCCAAAGAUAAAGCUACCGUGGACGAAACAUUCCAAGGCCUGGAUGCUAAUCAAGAUGAUCAAGUCAGCUUCCAGGAAUUCAUAUCCCUGGUGGCCAGAGUGCUGAAGGCUUCCCAUGAGAAUACCCACAAGGAGUAGGAAGCUCUCUGAAGGCCUUUCCUUUCCCUCACCAAAACUCAGCCUUGCCUGAGGGGAGUGAGAGUUAAUAAAUGUACUCACGAAAAGUUCUG